AUGUUUCUAAGCUUUGGAGGAUUCCAAUUACGAUCGCCAAUCUCACAAACUCUCGCUGACGACGCCAUCUCCGGUCUGCAUGCCAUACAUCAGUUGGGAGUAUUGCAGGGUGAUCCAGCAGCCCGGAACAUUCUCGCCCACCCAGAUCGGCCAGGAAUUACGUGCAUUGACUUUGAACGAGCCGGGUUCGUACGCCCACGGGCGGUACUCGGAACUCUAUCUCCAAAUCGGAAACGAAAGCUUGGCUGGUCUCACGAAGAAGGGAAGUGUCAGAAUGGAAAGAGCAGCAAGAAGAUACCUGCAUCAGAGAUAGGUCAAGCUAAGACGGAGCUGGCGAGAUUGGUGGUGAAGUAGGAGUAGUCAUUUCUACAGAUGCCGACCUCAUUCGGCCCGGAACGCGUAUCCCGAAGAAGUCUGAUAGCAGGAUGAACUCUCUCCGGAAGUCGUCACUGAUGAGCCUCGACACCGACAUUUCCGUACGAGACAGUGCCAACUCAGCUCACGAGUUCAAUAG